AUGACAGCGACAAAUCUCCCCCAGCAAAAGCAGCAGGCCGACACGCUGAGCGCCAAGGCCGCCGCGCUCCUCUCUGCCGCAGCCAGCGAGGCAAAGCACCACCCGCACCCCGACGUGCCGGCGGUCGCAGCGACCGAGAGCGGCGGCCCGCUCACGUCGCCCGGGCUGCUGGACCCCGUCCACAAGUACGCGUACGCUGUCGUGCCGGGCUUCUUCCUCCAGUCGGGCCCCGAGCCCAAGCACGUCGCGUUCGAGGAGCUCCUCGACAAGUCGUUUGGACUUGUCGACCAGAGCCCCGACAGGUGGCACAACCUCCGUCGCGAUGUCGCCGCCCUCCAGGCCAGCGCAGAGCCCAACGUGUCCUACAAGGUCAUGUUCCUCGGCCGCCACGGGCAGGGCUGGCACAACUUUGCCGCGAGCAAAUACGGAGUCGACGCGUGGGAGACCCACUACACCUACCUCCUCGGCGACGGCGAGCUGGCGUGGGGCCCAGACCCAGAACUCACGCCGCUGGGCCACGAGCAGACGCUUGCCGUACAGGCGGCGUGGCGCCGCGAGCUCGAGCACGGCGCGCCCAUCAACCCCGACGAGAUCAUGUGGUUCGUCUCACCCCUUACGCGGACGUGCCAGACCAUGCUCAACAGCUGGGGCGACCUGUUGAAGGGGACACCCGAGACGUGGGAAGACUUCCGUGAGAUCUACGGCUCGCACACGUGUGACCGCCGGAGCUCCAAGACGUACAUCUCCAAACGCUUCCCCAUGGUCAAGAUCGAGGAGGGCUUCACCGAGGAGGACGAGCUCUGGCGCCCAGACGACCGGGAGACCAACGCCCACAUGCAGCACCGCAUGCGCCGGGCAAUGGACCGCAUCUUUGACGGCGCGGCCAAGGAGACCUACAUUAGCAUCACGGCGCACGGCGCCAUCCUGAGCAAUCUCCUCGCCGUGCUAGGCCACCAGGCAUACCCGCUUACGACUGGCGAGAUGAUCCCAGUUGUGGUCAAGGCCACCAAGCUAUAG